CUGGCCGUGUAUAAGCACCACACAAUGCACGACUCUAAUGCACCUUCGUCCAUAUCCUCUCCACUCAGGCUCUAUUUUAUCUGUGUCGAUGACGUCGUGUGCUAUUUACCAGAGUCUCUGCUACCGGAGGCAAUGUUCACAUCUUAUUUUUCAUGCACAGUAGGCACAUAAAGAUGUUGAGUUCCAUAGCAGCGGGUUGCAUAGCAAGCUACGAGGGGCAUGUAUUCGCCUAAAUACCUAAAUAAGAAUUGCCUGUGUGCGUGAGCAAUGCUUAUAUGAUAUAUAUGUUGAUAUAUUCAUAAUUCUAUCCAUGUAUAUGUUGUUAUUGUGGUGUACCUGCUACUUGAGUUACCUGGUAGAGGAGACCAGCGUGUCUACUACCCAGGCAUGUUGUGGUGGAGGUGAGACGAGUGUGUGUGUGCUACUGUGUCGCCAUUAAUGCUGGUUGUAGCUGCAUCUGGGGCAGCCAUGUCAUCUGUGUUGGAGCCAAGCGCUUCUGUGCUGUCACUGAUAGAGUGCAUAUUUUAUGAACAAUAAUUGUGUGGAAGCAGUGAACCAAGUCUCUUCACAAUUCCAUCAGGUUUGUAAAGUUCAAUCGAGAUGAUGGAUAUGAAGACCUUGACGGCAACAUAGAUAUGGAUAUCACAGACAUGUCCAACAUGGCGAACUUAGGAGGAAAUAUACAGGAAGGCGGAGAUGCGGGAAACAGACCGAAAGAGCCACCCGAAGAAACCUUCACCAUACAACAAGCCAUUGACAACAUUGGUUUUGGCAAGUUCCAAGUUAAGCUCUCUAUUCUCACAGGAUUUGCUUGGAUGGCGGACGCCAUGGAGAUGAUGAUCCUGGCAAUUCUGUCUCCUGCCUUGCACUGUGAGUGGCAGCUAGAGGGUUGGCAAGAAGCUCUCAUCACAACAGUUGUGUUUGCCGGGAUGAUGGCCAGUUCCAGCAUAUGGGGCAGCAUGUGUGACAAGUAUGGCAGGAAGACAGAGCUGAUCCUAUGUUCGCUGUUCACCUGCUACUUCGGUAUCCUGAGUGCCUUCGCCCCCUCCUACAUCUGGCUGCUCAUACUGAGGGGUCUGGUUGGUUUUGGCAUAGGAGGAGCACCACAGUCAGUCACCUUAUAUGCAGAAUUCCUGCCCACAAAAUCCCGAGCCACUUGUGUGAUCCUAGUGGAGAUCUUCUGGGCUCUAGGGGCCUGCUUCGAGGUAGUGCUUGCCUUGAUUGUGAUGCCAACACUGGGAUGGAAAUGGCUGUUGGGUCUGUCUGCCAUCCCUCUCCUCCUCUUCUCCAUCUGCUGUGCCUGGCUGCCAGAGAGUGCCCGUUAUGAUGUUACCCGGGGUCAGUCUGAGAAAGCAUUUGCUACAAUACAACGGAUUGCCAAGGACAAUGGCAAACCCAUGCCACUUGGCCGACUGCUUGAGCCACAUGCACACUCAUCAAAGCCUAUCAGACGAGGCCGGAUAGCAGACUUGUUUACACCAGAAUACAGAAUUACCACCGGCCUACUGUGGGUCAUCUGGUUGGUCUGUGCCUUCUCCUACUACGGCAUUGUACUGCUGACCACAGCUUUGUUUGAAAGUCCAGACGGAUGUCAUGGAACUGAUGUACUUUACAACCCCAACCCAGCAUGUUUCCUGGAGUGCAGGACCCUCACCACAUCGGACUACAGAGAUUUGGUUUGGACAACGUUCGCAGAGUUUCCAGGAUUAUUUGUGACAGUAUUUUUCAUAGAGAAGAUAGGCAGGAAAUACACCAUGGCAGUGGAGUUCAGCAUCUUCACUAUAUUUGUGUUCCUAGUCAACAUCUGCACAACAAGGGCAGUGCUGACAGUCUUCCUGUUUGUAUCCCGAGCCUUCAUUGCUGGGGCCUUCCAGGCAGCUUAUGUCUACACUCCAGAGGUGUACCCAACAUCUAUGAGAGCUGUGGGUAUAGGUUCCUGUAGUGGCAUGGCCAGAGUAGGUGCAAUAGUAACACCCUUCGUAGCACAGGUUCUACUUAAGCAUUCUGCCUAUGCCACUAUCUCGAUAUAUGGAGGAAUGUGUCUGCUGGCUACUCUUGCCUCCAUUUUGUUGCCUAUAGAGACCAAGGGUCGAGAGAUGACGGAUGUAAGUGCUGAAGUAAGUGGGCCUAAAUGAAGAGGCAUGUCAGUGUAAGGCAGCAUGGACCAUCUUGACAACAGCAGAACUUGAAAGCCCAUGCAAACCAGAAACCUAUUGUUUGAUUCAGGAAUAGGAUCAAGACAGAUGGGUGUUGUUGGUUUUAACUUGAAAAUAUGAUCUGUUUAAAGUUUAGAACAUAUAUAUUUUCACUACAUUAUAUUUUGUCUCAGUUAGGAAACAGUGUGAAUAAAAUAUUUGUAAGAAAUAGUAACUUGCAAAAGUAUAAUGAGAUUUUUAUGAAGUGUAUAAAACCAAUCCUUUUGGAGUCAGUGUAUUUUAUGUCAAGUCUUCUACUUCGACAUUAGGUCAUGAGUGACACUAUAAGUAUGAACACCAUUUUCUGCUUGUUUAUAUGAGAACAAAUUUAUGGCCACACAAAAGUAUUGGAUAAAUUACAGGAUGUGUUUAUUCACGUUCAUAUUGCCUGGGAAUGUUACAAUAGUGUAAUUGCCUACUGAAUACCACUGCUUAACUCAGUGUCCUGGGCAAUGCCACUCACAGCAUGGCCUCCCCACGGGAAGGACACUUACAGCACCCACCUUGUUGCCCACACACACCUGUGGACUCACAGCUCACUGGAGCAAAAUCAGUUUUUCUGUUUCCAUACUAAGUAAACACUGUUUUCAGCAGAAGGUUCUUUGUACCUCCCUUUAAAGAAUAAGGCCUAACUUUAUUUGAUGACUUUUUUCCAAUAGUAUUUGCACCAUGUCAGUGUAUAAAAGUAUUAAGUCUGUGUGCUUGCCAUACUGUUCAUGCAAUAUAUUUUGCAAGUGUAAUUUAUUGCUGCAAUGUACAAGAGGGCAUUCCAUUGUGAUGAAAUCCUGUCAUGUGAAAAAUCAGAUGAUGACUUUAAAGCAGUUGCUUCAAAAGGCCUGAACUCUGUUCUUCCAUACUUUAACAUAGGCUGACAAUUAACAGUGUCAAGAUUGAAUUUACCCAACAGGCCACUGGUAUUCUAUGACAGGGAAUAUUGAAGGUGCAUCAUUUUCACUCAUAUUACAAUGUCUCACACUCGAUACAUGCAUGACAAGUAUGUGUAAACAUACCAUGUUACAUAAACAAUGUAAUGCAUAGGCAGCACUAGGAUAAACAACG